GACGAGUUAUAAACGAUCGAAUCGAUCGUUUAUAUAGAAGUUAAAAAAUAGAAUUCAUUGUGCAAAUAGUACAGCGGACCCCACAUCUUUUAUAUUUUCAACAUUUUAAUGUGCUCUCUUUCAGACUUUCAUAGCAAUCCGUUAAUAAACUAUUGAUAACAUAAUAAAUACUAUGCCUUUUUUACAACAAAGAGAUUAUAUUACUUCAAAUAUUAUCAUUUUUUAUAUUAGCUAGUCAAUUGUCAAUGUUAAUACAUAAAGAGUUAAAAAUAGUAUAUAAAUAAAACUAAGUAUGUUUAAUAUACCUAAUUGGUGACCAUCCAAAUCAAGUUGGUGCAAUGGGGUAAAAAGAAAAUUUAACAAAAAGAUGAUUUCAUACAAUUUGUAGCAUAUAAUAGCAAAUAAGGUUUGGCAUGUAAUAGUGAUCAGCUUAUACAUAUUCAAUUGUAGAUGUUAACUCUUUUCUUCCACAGUAAUUAUCCAUCUGAUUAAUGUUACAACACAAAAAUAGAUUUCACUGACAUGGUAUGAAUAUGAAUAACAUGUUUGAAAGUAAAAUGGCCAACUACGUCAUAUAACACAUCAUAUGCCAAUGGUUUAUCCAAUGAUUCUCUUUGCAUUUUAUAAUCCCCACAUACAAAAAUCCCAAGCACCACCAUUGGCUCUUUUCAACUAGCUCCUUUUAUUCUUCUCCAUUCACUUUAGCCCACUUCGAAAAGUUGAUUAACCAAAAAGGAGAAAAAGAAAGAAAGAUCACAACUGUCACACUGUAAAAACAUAGAAUGUUAAAGAAACCUAAGCACAAUGAAACAUUAAAACACUUAAUCUUCACUAUUCUUGCAAAUGCUGUCCUCAAUCUCUUCUUCUUCUUCUCCAUAAGGACUGUCCAGAGCCCUCUUCUCCUGCUCGUCAUCAGCCACCUUAAAGCUCCCAUUCUGACCCCUUAACUUCCCAUUCUUCUCGUUUCUCUCCACCCUUCUUUUCAUAUCCUCCAACAGCUCCCUCCUUGUCCCUCCUAUUCUUAAUAAGAGCCUCGCCUACGUCAGCCGGCGUAAUCUCCGCCUUAUCCACCACCCCUUCAAGCUCCUCCAAAACGUCGUCGCUUAUGUCCCCUUCCUCGUACCCCAAGUAGUUCCUCAGCAAGAUCUUCGCCGAAGCAAACGUACAGUAACUCAUGUGCACAUGCAUAUCCAUCCUCCCGCUUCUAAGCAACGCGGGAUCAAGCUUCUCAACGUUAUUGGUCGUGAACACGAAGAUCGUCUCACUGCCACAGCAAGAGCAAAGCCCAUCAGUAAAAUUCAACAAACUGGACAACGUAAUCGUGUUCCCAUUUCCCGAUUCAUCUCCUAAACCGGACCCGGUUAACAUUAUCUCCGGUUCACAGUAAAUCGAUCGAACAGUCUAUAUCCUCGAUCACAAUUAUAGACUUCGAGCUCGUCUUCAUCAGCAGCUUCCGUGAGCUCGUUUAAUUAGUGAUACAGUAUUUUUUAUUAUUGCUAAAAUCUGAUAAGAUCAUUCUAUUACGUGUGUUUAUUUACUAAUUUGUCCUUUUAAAAGAAAAAAGGAAACUUGAAGUCAACACUAUUUUAUAGUCAACUUUAUGCUGUUCGAAGAUAAAACACGGCUUCCUAUUUAAUUUUUUUCUUGCGUCAACUCUAUCAACGGAUUCUUUCCUUUUUUAUGUAAAAGGAAAUGUCCGUCCACAAGAAAGACAAGCACUAAUAAUUUACUUAUCAUAUUUUAAGUUACAUACCGAAAAAGGAAACUUAACAUUGAUUGAACAACUAAAACCUCUAGGACUAGCUCAUAGAACCCACACACAAUAAUCUUUGAAUCACGUAGAGAGCGAGAAGAAGAAAAUCUUUUUAAGAGAAGAUGGCGAACGCGAACGAAACAGAAGCCGUACCGUGCCUUGGAGGCUGUGGACUCUUCGGGACGCGAAAGAACAAUAAUCUCUGCUCCCUUUGCUACAAAAAGAGUGUUUUUGAACACAGGCUGCUUGAACAAUUGGCCAAUCUCAAACUUGACCUCAAGCCUGAGCCAUCAACAGUUCCUCCGACAAGUCCAAUAGUAGCCGUACAAGAACCAGUUAGAAAACAGAGAUGCGAAACGUGUCAUAGGAAAGUAGGGGUGACCGGAUUUAGCUGCAGAUGCGGACACAUCUUUUGUGGGUCACAUCGAUAUCCUGAGGAACAUUCUUGUCCUUUUGAUUACAAACAAUCUGGACGACUCACGUUGGCCAAGCAGUUGCCGUUGACUAGAGCCGAGAAGUUGCAUAGGUUUUAGUUUAUAGUUUUUUUUGUCUUAGAUAAUUGAAUACAAUUUUUGAGGGAAAAUCGCAUAAAAAAACCUUCGAGGUGGCACUGUGGCAGUCACUCAUACUUUAAACUCUGAGAGUAUUUCACAAGCACUUUAAAUUUUCAUAGCGACACUUUUAUCAAAAGAAACUUCCAACCUGGCUUACUUGUACAUCAAGUCAAAACGGUAACUGUUACUGUUCAAAAUCGAUGACGUGUCUGGUUCUCUUUUUUUUUCUAAUUAUUUUAUUAAUAAAAUAAAUAUUAAAAUAAAGAAAAUAUAAAAAUUCAUAAAAAAAUUCAAAACAAAUCA